CAACGACUUUGACACUACCACCCCUCCCCACCCUCCCCCUCGCUAACAAGGUAAAGGGUCUGCCAAAGAGAAGAGAAAAGAGAGAAUUCACAGACAGAGAGAGAGAGAGAGAGAGAAGAGAUACACACACUGGGUGUGAGAUAUAUAGAGAGAGAAAGGCACCACUUCUCAGAACCCCUCUUUCAGUUUCUCUCUCUAAAAAUCCACCAAACUCCCACCUGGCGAAUUGAUCAACCCCAUUCCCCUCCCGAGCUCUACGACCACACCCACACUCCCUCUCUUUCUCACUCUGUCUAUAGAUGCAUAUUAGAUAUAUAUAAACCGUACAUAUAUAUAUUCGUAUAUAGCAUAGUUCUAUAGGGGUGUUUAUUAUUAUAUAUAAAUAUUGUGUAUAGGUUGUUUGUAUAGAACAGGGAGAAGAAAAAAAAUGGAGAGGUACAGUGGGACCCAGGUAAUGGAGGGAGGAGCACCAGUGGAUCCGGUGGCGGAAUGGACGACGCCUGUCGGCGAGACGGGGCUCGAAGAGCCCAUGUGGCGGUUGUCGCUCGCCGGUGGGACCGAAUCGUACCCGGAGCGCCCCAACGAGGCCGAUUGUAUGUAUUACUUGAAGACUGGCUUCUGUGGCUAUGGCGCGCGCUGUCGGUUCAAUCAUCCCCGGGACCGUAAUUUGGCUGUGAGAGCUAUGAGGCCUACUGGAGGGGAGUACCCAGAAAGAGUGGGUCAACCUGUUUGCCAGUACUAUAUGAGGACGGGGAUGUGUAAAUUCGGUGCUUCUUGCAAGUAUCACCACCCAAGACAGGGAGGUGGAUCUCAAGCCCCGGUGGCAUUGAAUGCUUAUGGAUACCCAUUGCGGCCGGGUGAAAAGGAAUGUUCAUACUAUGUAAAAACAGGGCAUUGCAAGUUCGGGGUCUCCUGUAAAUUUCAUCAUCCUCUACCUGUUGGUGAACAAAUGCCGUUACCAACUGCUGGACCAGGACCUUUGCUUCCACCAACAGCUGUUGCUGCACCUGGGAUUUUUCCAACCGUGCAGUCUCCCUCUGUUCAAUCCUCUCAGCAGUACGGUGUAAUGCCUGGCAACUGGCCGAUUUCAAGGCCUGGGAUGCUUCCGGGUUCAUAUAUCCCGGGGGCAUAUAGUCCUAUGCUGCUUCCCCCCGGGAUGGUUGCAGUUCCAGGGGGUUGGACCCCAUAUCCGGCACCCGUUAAUCCUGUUGCCUCCCCAAGUACCCAACCUGCUGGACCUGGACCAGUAUAUGGCUUAACACAAUUAGCUCCUUCAGCACCUCCCUAUUCUGCUGGAGCGUACAUGUCAGUUGGUUCUUCUGCUGGUCCUUCGGGAGGCAACCAGAAAGAACACGCGUAUCCUCAAAGGCCUGGGCAGCCAGAAUGUCAACACUACAUGAAAACUGGGGAGUGUAAAUUUGGAUCUUCAUGUAGAUACCAUCAUCCACUAGAAUUCAGUGAGACAAAGACAAAUUUUCUGCUUAGUCUGAUGGGUCUUCCUCUACGCCCGGGUGCACCGAUAUGCUCUCACUAUGCGCAAAAUGGGAUAUGUAAAUUUGGUCCUUCCUGCAAGUUUGACCAUCCAAUGGGAGCACUUAGUUAUAGUCCAUCUGCAUCUUCACUUGCUGAUAUGCCUGUUGCACCAUACCCGGUUGGAUCUUCUAUCGGGACUUUGGCUCCAUCGUCAUCGUCUUCAGACUUGAGGCCGGAACUUAUUUCUGGAUCUGGGAGCGAGGCAUUCUCUACUCAGACGUCUUCCAUGAGCACUUCAAGCGGUGCGGUUGGUUCAAUAUUUUCAAACACUGGUCCCGCUUCCCACUCGGGUGUUCAACCGUCCGGGCAGAGUUCGAGUGGAAGUAGUGGUAGCACUGGCCACGGAGGUGAGGUUCACUCAUCAAGCUAAAACGAUUGAGUGAUUUGCAUUUUUUCGUUGCUCAAUGACCAUGAAGUAGCGUUAAAUUUUUGGUGCUAGUCCAUUUCUAGGAAGCUUCUUCUCUUGGUCAUCACAGUUUUUCACCACUCAGACAUAGUUCACACGUAGUAGCUCUGUUCUGUUCAUCUGUGUGUUCAUAAAAUCAUUAUAUAUGGCAAAUUUUCCAUAUCGAAUAAGUGGAAGUUCUAGAAGAUCCCAUCCAUCCAUCCAUCAACCCUCAAUAUAGCCCUCUCUGUAGCUAGCUUUUGAAUAACAACAACAAACAAACAAAACCCGCCUUCCAUUUAGGAGAAUUUGCUUCCAUUCCAAAAUUUUGGACCCUGUUGUGCCUGCCUAUUUAUGUUGUAGUCUUUGCUCGGAACAAGAAACAAACGAUUGUUCCUACACCAUUGUCCUUUCGAAAAUCGACUCUCUUCCCGUCUAUCUAGUCCUUUUUGAACUCGGGACUUGGGAGCAAGCUUCCAUCUUGACAUUCUACUUAAUUUUAAAGUCUCCUCGUUCCCCCUUUUUAGCUGGGGCAUUGUUGUGGCAGAUGAAAACUGCAAGGCAAUUAAAUGCCUCCGCCGUUUAUGGAUAAGAUUCAUACUUAUGUUGUGUAUGUGAAUUUCUUUGGCAACUUUAUCACGGUAUACAACAGAUUUAUCUAUCGAAAACCUUAAACUUUGUAAUAAAUGCUUCUUGUUUCUCCCGCUUAUUGUUA